AUGUUGCCGGAUAGUUCUAAUGCUUUUAUUGGAGGGGUUUUCUAUGGAGCUGCUGAAACUUUGGUGGGGCAUCCUUUUGAUACCAUCAAAGUUCGUAUGCAAACCUCCGAAAAGAGAUUUAAAGGUCCCUUGGAUGCUGCAAUGGUUACCUAUAAAAACGAAAAAUUAAAUGGGUUUUAUAAAGGCUGUACUCCUUCUAUGUUAAGCUGGAUAAUCAUGGACUCGAUAACCUUGGGCUCUCUACAUCAAUAUAGAUAUUUUUUGAAACAAAAUUUUUAUAAUGAUUAUAAAACUUUGCCUUUAUUCGGUCAUUGUAUUGCUGGUGCAAUGUCAGGUUGGACUGUUUCGAUAAUCUCUGCUCCUUUAGAACAAAUUAAGUCAAGAUUACAAAUUCAAUAUGAUUCUCACUCAAAAAAAUUCACUGGGCCAAUUGAUUGCGCUACUACCAUAUACAAAUUGAAGGGUUUAAAAGGUUUAUAUUCCGGUUUACCUUCAACUCUUUUAUUCAGAUCAGCUUCUGCAGCUUGGUGGGGAUCUUAUGAAUCUUUCAAAAAUUAUUUCAAUAACAAUACAAAUUUAUCUACAAUUUCAAUAAAUUUUUGGGCCGGUGGUUUAAGCUCAAUUGUUUUUUGGUCUGUUGGUUAUCCUGCUGACGUUAUUAGACAGAUUAUAAUGACUGAUAAUAUUCAAAAUCCGGUUUUCAAAAAUAACAUUCUAAAUGUUGUCAAAUAUGUUUAUAAAAAUAGAGGGAUAAUGGGCUUCUUUAAAGGUUUUGGCCCUUCAAUUUUAAGAUCUUUUCCUGCAAAUGCAGCCGGUAUAACAGCAUUUGAAUUUGUAAUGAAAUAUUUAUAA